GGUGUGCAGACUUGGGGCCGCUUCGCGCGCCCUCUGGCCCCCGAGGAUGCUGGCCUCCUCCACGACACCUUCCCCGACGGCUUCUUCUGGGCUGUGGGCACCGCUGCCUACCAGAUAGAAGGCGGCUGGCGGCAGCACGGCAAGGGCGAGUCCAUCUGGGACACGUUCACCCACUCACCCCCAACACUCCCAGGAGACCCCCCGGUAGCUGGUCUGCCGUCGGGUGCCCUGUCACAGUCCUUGCCCGCCACCGGGGACGUGGCCAGCGACAGCUACAACAAUGUCUUUCGCGACACGGAGGGACUGCGUGAGCUCGGGGUCACCCACUACCGCUUCUCCAUCUCGUGGGCGCGAGUGCUCCCCAAUGGCAGUGCGGGCACCCCCAACCGCGAAGGGCUGCGCUACUACCGACGCCUGCUGGAGCGGCUGCGGGAGCUGGGAGUGCAGCCUGUGGUCACCCUGUACCAUUGGGACCUGCCCCAGCGUCUGCAAGACGCCUAUGGCGGCUGGGCCAACCGCACCUUGGCGGACCACUUCAGGGAUUUCGCCGAGCUCUGCUUCCGCCACUUUGGCGGCCAGGUCAAGUACUGGAUCACUGUCGACAAUCCCUACGUGGUGGCCUGGCAUGGCUACGCCACUGGGCGCUUGGCCCCAGGCGUCCAGGGUAGCGCUCGGCUCGGGUACCUGGUGGCGCACAACCUCCUGUUGGCUCAUGCCAAAAUCUGGCAUCUCUACAAUACUUCUUUCCGUCCAAUUCAGGGGGGCCAGGUGUCCAUUGCCCUAAGUUCCCACUGGAUCAAUCCGAGAAGAAUGACAGACCACAAUAUCAAAGAAUGUCAAAAAUCUCUUGACUUUGUUCUAGGCUGGUUUGCCAAACCCAUAUUUAUUGAUGGUGACUAUCCUGAAAGCAUGAAGAAUAAUCUUUCAUCUCUUCUGCCUGCUUUUACUGAACCUGAGAAAAAGUUCAUCAAAGGCACAGCUGACUUUUUUGCUCUUUCCUUUGGACCAACCUUGAGUUUUCAACUAUUGGACCCUCAUAUGAAGUUCCGCCAAUUAGAAUCUCCCAGCCUAAGGCAAUUGCUUUCCUGGAUUGACCUUGAAUAUAACCAUCCUCAAAUAUUUAUUGUGGAAAACAGCUGGUUUGUCUCAGGGACCACCAAGAGAGAUGAUGCCAAAUAUAUGUAUUACCUCAAAACAUUUAUAAUGGAAACUUUAAAAGCCAUCAGGCUGGACGGGGUGGACAUCAUUGGGUACACAGCGUGGUCCCUCAUGGACGGCUUUGAGUGGCACAGAGGCUACAGCAUCAGGCGUGGACUCUUCUAUGUCGACUUUUUGAGCCAGGAUAAGAAGUUGUUGCCGAAGUCUUCAGCUUUGUUCUACCAACAGCUGAUAGAGAAAAACGGCUUCCCCCCUUUACCUGAAAAUCAACCCCUAGAAGGCACAUUUCCCUGUGACUUUGCUUGGGGAAUUGUUGACAACUACAUUCAAGUUGACACCACUUUGUCUCAGUUUACCGACCCGAACGUUUACUUGUGGGAUGUCCACCACAGUAAGGGGCUCAUUAAGGUGGACGGCCUUGUAACCAAGAGGAGGAAACCUUAUUGUGUUGACUUUACUGUCAUCAGGCUCCAGAUCGCCCUACUCCAGGAAAUGCGUGUGACACAUUUCCACUUCUCGCUGGACUGGGCCCUGAUCCUGCCUUUAGGUGACCAAUCCCAGGUGAACCGCACGGUCCUGCACUACUAUCGCUGUGUUGCCAGUGAACUCCUGCAUGCCAACAUAACCCCCGUUGUGGCCCUGUGGCGACCUGUGUUCCCGCACCAAGGUCUGCCGGAGCCUCUGGCCAAGCAGGGCGCCUGGGAGAAUCCCAAGACGGCCCUGGCUUUUGCCGAGUAUGCUAGGUUGUGCUUUAAAGAUCUUGGCUCCCACGUCAAGUUUUGGAUCACCAUGAACGAGCCGUACACGCGGAACAUGACCUACAGUGCAGGGCACAACCUGCUGAAAGCCCACGCCCUGGCUUGGCGCUUGUAUGAUGAGAAGUUUAGACGCUCUCAGAAAGGAAAAAUAUCCAUAGCCUUGCAGGCUGACUGGAUAGAACCAGCCUGCCCUUUUUCCCCAAAGGACAAAGAAGUGGCAGAGAGAGUUUUGGAAUUUGACAUUGGCUGGCUGGCAGAGCCCAUUUUUGGUUCUGGGGAUUAUCCACGUGUGAUGAGGGACUGGCUGAAUCAUAGAAACAAUUUCCUUCUACCUUAUUUCACUGAAGAUGAAAAAAAACUCAUACAGGGUUCCUUUGACUUUUUGGCUGUAAGCCAUUACACCACCAUCCUUGUAGACUGGGAAAAAGAAGAUCCAAUAAAAUAUAACGAUUAUCUGGAAGUGCAAGAAAUGACAGACAUCACAUGGCUCAACUCCCCCAGUCAGGUAGCCGUAGUGCCCUGGGGCUUACGCAAGGUCCUCAGUUGGCUAAAAUUGAAAUAUGGAGACCUCCCCAUGUAUAUAAUCUCCAAUGGCAUUGAUGAUGAUCUGCAAGCAGGCCAAGACAAAUUGAGGGUGUACUAUAUGCAGAAUUAUGUAAAUGAAGCUCUGAAAGCCUACAUAUUGGAUGGGAUCAACCUUUGUGGUUACUUUGUGUUUUCAUUUACUGAUCACACAGCUCCAAAGUUUGGCCUCUAUCGUUAUGCUGCCAAUCAGUUUGAACCCAAACCAUCCAUGCAACAUUAUAGGAAAAUUAUUGACAACAAUGGCUUCCCAAGUGCUGAAACUCUGAGGAGAUUUUGUCCAGAAGAAUUCACCCUGUGCACCGAGUGCAGCUUUUUUCAUACCCAAAAGACUUUAUUAGCUUUCAUAGCUUUUCUACUUUUUGCUUUAAUUAUUUCUCUUUCUCUUAUUUUUCACUACUCUAAGAAAGGCAGAGGAAAUUACAAAUAGUCCUGAACAUUUUCCUAUUCAUUUAUUUUGUAAUAAUUAUUCACACACAUUAGUUGUUAACCAUUUGCACUUGUCAGUGUUGUGAAGCUAUAGAUUUCAUAUACUGAUUUCUACAAAACCUUUCUGUGGCAUAUGACAAAGGUUUUCAAAUAAGCCUAGAUGAUUAUAAAAUCUUGAAUAAUGUGAAUAGUGCCUGGACUUGUUUCUCUUUGAGGGGUGAUUAAAAAAAACAGACAUCAUUUCUACAAUACACUGUGUAACAAAAGCAUGAGAUAUGACAUCCAUUCUGUAAUAUUUAAUAGAAAUUUAAUGAUAAGUUAGGCUAUUUUUAUCUGUGCUCAUUCCUAAAAAUAAUGUUUACUUAAAGUAAUAAUUGCAAGUGUUAGAAUACAAAAUUAAGUCCCAAGUAACCAUCUUCCAACUACCAUGAUAUGCCCAAUGGUCUCUGUCAAGAAGAUGAUAGCAUAUAGGAGAGAUGACAAAGGGCCUGUGGCUGGAACAGUUAUUUAAAAAGCAGUGUUUCUGUCAAAUGCUGUUAAUUUACAUAUCUGGUUAAUGAUAUACUUGCAAGAGCAAAUUACAGAACUUUAUAUUUCUAUGUGACUUUCAAGGCAUUCUCUAAACCCUGGGUCCUUGAAGGCUUUGUGUCAUAAGGGACUUUUACUGAAUGCUUGCAGAAAAAUAAACAUGACUCAUGAAAUGUGGGGCUCUUCAGGAAGCAUAAAUCGAUUGUGAAGUGCAUUAUACUGCAGUAGCUCCAGGAGGAGGGAAGGAGUAAAAAGUACAUAUUAUGAGCAACAUUAUCAUUAAUUUU